AAUAGUCAAUACCAAUAUCUUUUUUCGAGGAAAAAGUCGAUUCACCGAAAAUCAGCGAUUUGGGAUCCCUUUCGAUAUUCAUAGAAAACUGCUUUUGAGCACUGUUAAACGAUCUCCUUGCUUUUCUCAAUUGCGACUGUUAAGCUAUCGUAAUGGGGAAGAAUUAUAAGGAUUCGCUUAAAGCUCUCGAAGCUGAUAUUCAGCAUGCCAAUACUCUAGCAUUAAAUUCCCCUAAGGAUGAUAAUGGAGCAUGCCUUCAAAUGAGAAUCUAUUUCAGUCCAGCUGUAGACUUGUUCUCCUAUCUUUUCCCAUGGGCAGAUUGUAAAAUCGCAGGAGCCCUUGGUUUGCUUCGUGUUUUUGUUUAUCAGUUAUAUGCUGAUGGAAAAACUUCUAUGGAUGUUCAUGAAAGAAAAGCAAGCAUUAGACAAUUUUAUGGUGUUAUAUUUCCAUCAAUAAUGCAACUACAAAGUGGGAUUAUGGAUUUGGAAGAGAGGAAAAACAAGGAGAUAUGCUUGAAGAAAUACACACGAAAAGAAGGUUUGGAAAAGGGAAAACUCUCUGACGAUGAUAUCGAAAGAGAAUCCGAAUGCGGGAUUUGCAUGGAAACAAAGACCAAAGUCGUGUUGCCUAAUUGCACCCAUUCACUAUGCUUCAAAUGCUAUCGGGAUUGGCAUGGGCGAUCACGAUCAUGUCCCUUUUGUAGGGAAACCCUAAAAGGAUUGAAGCUAGCCGAUCUAUGGAUAUGUGUUGAAGCAAGUGAUGCAGUUGAUCUAGCUAUAAUAUUAAAAGAGAACUCGAAGAGGUUGUUCAUGUAUAUAGAGAAAUUGCCUCUUGUUCCUAAUGCAUGUUCUACUCUUUAGAUAAGUUUACAAAGUUAGUCUUUUAGACGUACAUAAUUUUACAUUUUUCGGUUUAGACCUAUAAAAAUAUAUUUUGUGG